CUCGGCAACAUGUCAAAAGGUCUUGGUGAUUCCAUGGCGUGCGGAGAAGCUGCAACCAAGAAGGUGAAAUAGCCCGAAUAAAAACCGUCGCGAUAAUACCAAGCUCGGAAUCUGGGUGGUAGUCCAGUCUAAUAUCCCGACUCUGAUGCCGUCUUGGCUGUUGCUGGUUGCCGUUGACCAAGCCCAGCCACCCCUCCAACUUUCGCGGGGGUUGCAUGUAAGUGAAUGCUAAGCAGACCGAAAACAAAAGUAUGAAAAGGAGACCUGCCCCAAUCAAGUUCCCUCUUUUUGAACCUAUGUUGUUCAACUGCCCAAGUGUUUUCCAAACCGUCAGCCUGUAUAGAAAAAGAAUAAGAGGCAUUUGGUCUAGCCUCUGGGUAUAGCAACAGGGAAGAAGCCCUAUUAGCCGCCGUCAUGGCAGCGGCACAGCCCACAGCACCCCCAGGGAGGGAGCCUGGCAAUGAUAUACGGAUUGAAGAAGAGCAAAUCGGCCACGCACAUACUAAUGAAGAGGGAUUGUUUAAAAAUGGCCCCAUGGUGGACAAGGUCGAUCAGUUUGGUUCGCACAUCAAGACCGACCCAAGAGAGAUAGCGUUGGUCAAGAAGCUGGAUUGGCAUAUUCUUCCCAUCCUCUGGCUCAUGUAUCUCUUCAACUACCUCGACCGCAACGCCUUGGUAAAUGCGCGACUCGACGACCUCGAGAAGAGGCUGAACCUGGUAGGCACCGAGUACAACACUUGCGUGUCGAUCCUGUUUGUUGGCUACAUCGCCUUCCAAAUCCCGUCCAACAUGAUCCUCACCAGGGUCAAGCCGUCGUGGUACAUGGCAGGCUUCUGCCUCGCCUGGUCCAUCAUCAGCCUGCUCACGUACCUGGCACACGACUACGCCACCAUGGUGGCCUUCCGCUUCCUCCUGGGCGUGACCGAGGCGCCCUUUUACCCGGGCGCCCUGUACGUCAUCAGCAUGUUCUACACGCGCAAGGAGAUCGCCGUGCGCAUGUCGUGGUUCUUCACGGCAAACAUGCUCGCCAGCGCCGUGUCGCCGCUCAUCGCGGCGGGCGUCUUCUCGGGGCUGGGCGGCGCCCGCGGGCUCGCGGGCUGGCAGUGGCUGUUCAUCAUCCAGGGCGCGCUGAGCAUCGUGGUGGCCAUCAUGGCCUUUUUCAUGCUGCCGGACCACCCGCUCACGACGCGGUGGCUGAGCGAGCAGGAGAGGCAGCUCGCGCACGCGAGGAUCUGCAUGGACACGACGGAUCUGGCAGAGGGCACGAGCGUGUGGCUGGGGCUGAAGCAGGCGGCGGCGGACUGGCGCACGUGGGUGCUGGUGCUCAUGUACAACUUUCACCUGUCGUCCAUCAGCUUCCAGAACUUUUUGCCGACGGUGCUGCAGACCUUGGUGCAGGACAAGAUUAUGAGCUUGGUCUUGACGUUCCCUCCGUACCUCUUCGCCGCCAUCAUGGCUGUCAUCAUGGGCAAGACCUCGGGGCACUUUAACGAGCGGACGUGGCACAUAACCGUGUGCAAGUCCAUCGUCAUAAUCGGCUUCAUCCUCCCCGUCGCGACCUUCAACGUCCCGGCCCGGAUGGUGGGUAUUUUUCUGUUUGUGGGCUUCACGUUUGGCAUCAACAACAUCAUUCUGGGUUGGGUAUCUUCGACGCUCGGUCAGACCAACGAGAAGAAGUCGGUUUCCCUGGCCAUUGCCAACUCGCUCGGCAACAUGUCUUCCAUUUACAUGCCGUACAUCUGGGAUAAGCAAUUUGCACCGCGGUACAUCCCGCCGUGGCUUGCGAGCAUUGCCUUUUCGGCGGGUUGCGUGGCGUUGGCCUGGUCGCUCAAGGUGGCGCUGAAGAGGCAGAAUAAGAAGAUGAAGGAGAGGGACCCAAACGAAACCAACUUUUACGUGUACUAGUCUAGACUAGUUCUAGAAUAAAUCUAGAUCGACCCUACGAACCUAG